AUGCCCCGCUUUAUCACUGACGCCACGUCUGGCUUGGCCAGAUUGUCGGCUCACCGCCCCAUCCACUUCAUCAUAGUGUCAGCCUUGCUCGCCUCCGUCGCCUACUUGUCGGUGGUGGACGAGUACGUGCCUGACAGCUUCCACAACUACGGUGCUGGCGUCUCGUACUACCACCCUCCGGGCUACGCCAAGUACAAGAACUGGGUGCCUCUCGAGGACGCAUCGCUAUACCCAGACGCCACCCAGAUAUCCAUCGUGCCGUUACGCUUCGCCAGAAGCGCUGCCCCAGCGUUGGAACACACGUUCGACGGCGUGGACGCCAGCCACCGUUUGUUCAUCAUUGAGUCCGACCAGCUCGACGCCAGCUUGCCAGAAAAGAUCCACGCCGACGGCAAGACCUUGAAGGCUAGACACAGCCAGAGAAUCGGCAAGUACUACGACUACGCCCGCUUUGGCUUGCGCAAAAUCAAGAGCUUGAUCCAGGGCGCAGAAAACUUCGACAUUCUCUUGAUCACAGUGGCCUACGUGGCCAUGUGGUACACCCUUGUCAAGGUGUUCGUCGACAUGAGACAGGUGGGCUCCAAGUUCUGGUUGGCGUUCUCCACCUUGUCGUCGUCCACGUUUGCGUUCCUUUUUGCUUUGUUCACCACCAUCAGAGUGUUGGAUGCCAAGGUCCCUCUUUUGAGCAUCUCCGAGGGCAUUCCGUUCUUGGUGGCCAUCAUUGGCUUCAAGCACAAGGUGUCCAUUGCCGCCUCCGUCAUGAACGCUUCCAGCUCGGCCUUGGACAGUAAGACCAUCGUGGCCAACGCCAUUGCUGCUCACACCACCAGUUUGUUGAGAGACAACUUGGUUGUCAUUUCUGCAUUGCUCUCCAUCACUUUCUACGCUCCUCACUUGGUGGGAUUGACCAACUUUUGCAUCUUGAGUGCUUUGAUUUUGUCUUUCGACUUGUUGUUGGUCUACACCUUCUACUCGGCCAUUUUGGCGUUGAAGGUUGAAAUCAACAGAGCUCGCAGAACCAAGGACUUGCAACAAGCCUUGCAAGAAGAAGGCAUCUCCUACUUGGUUGCCCAAAACGUGGCUCAACAAUCCGCUGAUCUUGAACACCCUCACCAAGAUUCUCUUUUCAAUUCUCAAGAUACUUCCAUUGUUUCAUUCAAGGUCGCUAUGAUUGCGGCUUUCUUUGCUUUCCAUGCGUUCUGGUUGGGAAGCUCUUGGUUAUACAACUCUCAGGAACAAGCUGGCGCUUUCACUUUGAACCCAACCAAUUUAUCCAAGGCCGCUGCUAAGCACCUUCCAAUUGGAAAGAAGGGUACUAUUGCUACAAUUUUCCCAACCAGAGUUUACCAGCCAUUGGGUGCUUUGGUUCAGAUCGAAGAAUUUGUUUACUUGGUUUUGGAACAAAUCAGCAGGGCCAUCAGAGACAAAUUAAUUUCCAAGUUCUUAUUAUUUGGAUUUGCUAUUUCCAUCAGUACCAACGCUUACUUCUUAAAUGCUUCCCGUCACCAAGCUUCAACCACUAACAAGUUGAUUGAAAACGAAAUCUCCAGACCAAAGGCCGCUACUUCCAAGCCAAAGGCCAAGAAGUCCAAGAAGUCCAAGUCCAAGUCUCCUGCCUCAAAAAUUGUCAACGUUCAAUCUGAUGAAACCGACGACUCUUCUCUCGAAUUGGAAAUUACCGCCAAAGCAAAGCAACUUCCAUUGGAAGAAUGUGCCAAGGUGCUCAAGGACGGUAAUGUUAAGACUUUGAAUGACGAUGAAAUCAGUUCCUUAGUUGUUUCUGGUAAAUUGCCUUUAUAUGCUUUGGAGAAGCAAUUGGGUGACAACACCAGAGCCGUGGUUGUUCGUCGUAAGGCUAUUGCUAAGAUUGCGGAUGCCCCUGUUUUGGAUACUUUGCGUUUACCAUACGAUGGCUACGAUUAUGACAGGGUAUUUGGUGCUUGUUGUGAGAAUGUUAUUGGUUUCAUGCCUAUCCCAGUUGGUGUUGCUGGUCCAUUGUAUAUCGACGACAAGCCAUACCACAUCCCCAUGGCUACUACUGAAGGUUGUUUGGUUGCAUCCACCAUGCGUGGUUGUAAGGCUAUCAAUGCUGGUGGAGGUGUCCAAACUGUUUUAACCCAAGAUGGUAUGACCAGAGGACCUUGUGUUUCGUUCCCAUCGUUGGCUAGAGCCGGUGCAGCUAAGAUUUGGAUCGACUCCGAGGAAGGUCAAAAGACGAUCAAGAAGGCAUUCAACAGUACGUCCAGAUUCGCUCGUUUACAACACAUCAAAACCGCCAUGGCCGGGACCUUGUUGUACAUUCGUUUCAAGACCACCACCGGUGAUGCUAUGGGUAUGAACAUGAUUUCCAAGGGAGUUGAAUACGCCCUUAAGUACAUGGUUGAAGAGUGUGGAUUCGAGGACAUGAACGUGGUGUCUGUUUCCGGUAACUUCUGUACCGACAAGAAGCCUGCUGCUAUCAACUGGAUCGAAGGAAGAGGUAAGUCAGUGGUUGCCGAGGCCAGAAUCCCCAGCGACGUGGUGCGCAAGGUGCUCAAAUCCGAGGUCGAUGCUCUUGUUGAGUUGAACAUCAGCAAGAACUUGAUUGGUUCUGCUAUGGCAGGCUCAGUGGGAGGAUUCAACGCUCACGCUGCCAACUUGGUCACGGCCGUGUUUUUGGCCUGUGGUCAAGAUCCUGCCCAAAACGUGGAGUCGUCCAACUGUAUUACAUUGAUGAACAAGCUUCCAAACGGAGACUUGCAGAUCUCGGUUUCUAUGCCCUCCAUCGAGGUUGGUACCAUUGGAGGAGGAACGGUGUUGGAUCCACAAGGUGCCAUGUUGGAGUUGUUGGGUGUGCGUGGACCUCACCCCACCAACCCUGGUGACAACGCCAGGCAAUUGGCCCGGAUCGUGGCCUCAGCUGUGUUGGCAGCCGAGCUUUCGCUCUGCUCUGCGUUGGCAGCUGGCCAUUUGGUUCAGUCCCAUAUGCAGCACAACAGAGCUGCUCCUACACUUGCUGCUACACCUGCUGCUACACCUGCUGUCAACGGCUCCGAUCUCAAGCGCCUUCAAGAAGGUUCUGUUAACUGCAUCAAGUCGUAA